AAAUGGUUUGGAUAUUAUUGAUCCUCGUCUCAAGACGAAGAGAAUGACAUUGGUCCCGCCGGAAUCGGAAAAAGUUCAUUUUCCGGCGACUUUGACCGGCGGGCGGCGGCGGCGUGGCGUGGAAGAAAAGAAAAGAAGAAAUGGGGUCAAAUUGAAAAUUUUAAAAUAUAUAAAAUUCAAAUUUGGCCCUAAUGACCGGAAGUUAACCUAGAAACGGGCUAAUGGCUCAUUAGUGAAAGGAUUGUGUAACUUCAGGGAUUUUUGUGAAAGGAUUUGAAUUUCAGGCUAGGGGGACAGGACCACGUGCGCCCACGUGGGGGCACGAUGCUGAUAUGGUGCGAGGUGACUGGUUUCGUCCUUGAGCUGCCUUGUCGCCUUUCCUACCGGGGGGGAUCCGGCUGCGAAGGUUUUGUAUUCUUCAAAGCCCGUACCGGUAGGAAGUUCAUUUCCAAAGUCCCCCAGAGUAACCGGGGAUGGAAGGAAAAGUUUGUUUUCAUCAAGUUUCCCCCCUUCGUUACUCCUCUGGCCGGUCUGAAAUGGAACGACCAUCUCCUCGACCAAGAGUAUGCUGCACCGGCUUCCUCCCCAGACUUGGAAGCGAAUCUUGAAGUCCUUAUACGCGGGGAUCCUUUCUCUGGGAGGAUCUUUCAUUAUGGCAGCUGGGUUUGGAGGGUGGAGUCGGGUGGUGAGGGUACCUCGCAGGCCCAUGAAGCAGCGGGGCGCGGGGUACCCUCCCCGGGCAACACUGCAAAGGCUGAGGGCCAUAACCACGCAGAUAUGGAGUUCGAGGAGUUCGCCAUCCCCGACGACCAACCAGCGGGGGAGACCGGGGGCUCCCAAGCCAACACUGCCAGGACCUUCCCGGUCAAUCCAGAGACCGUGGAAAUCCUUGAUGAAGACGAGCCCCAAGACAACUGGUCUAAGGGGAAGGAGAAGGAGAAGACCGGUCGGCGAACGAAGAAGGUCGCCACCACGCACCCUUCUUAUGCUAAGAAGAGGGCAAGGCCGGAUUCUGAGCCGGCCGGUCAAACCAUCGAAGAGGCCUUCAUCAACCUGGGGCUGAGGCUGAAGGAGGCGGGGGAGAUUGGGCCGCACACAGUGGACCGGUUGGGGAUGAGUUCCCCUUCUGAAGUCGACUGGCUAAAGAAGGAGAAAGAAGAGAUGGCACUCAUCCUGAGGAGCCAGGCUGAUGAGCUGAUCCGAUUGUCUGGGCUGGCCGGGGCAAUGGAGACCGAGAUCUCCCAACUGAAGAAGGAGAAUGGCCGGCUCCUGGAUGAAGUCUCUGAAGCCAACAGGGAAGUAGCGGAGAAGGAAGAAACCUUCCCCGGGCGCGCAGUUGCCUGGGUGGAAUAGAAUAAGGCUGAAGCUGCCCG